AUGGUCAUGAACAGGGACAGAGGACGCAUAAAGCGACUACCCGCUCUUCCAGCCGUUCUCUUGAAGGCGGCUGAUAAAGCGACCGGGCACAGUAACUCCCAAGUGCCCGAAGGUCCUGCGAGGCAGCGGGAGGGCGCAGCCCGCGGCAGCCGCUCCGCGCACCUCACACCUGGCCCCGCCGCCCGCGGGGUCUCCGCCAGCCGCGAAGGGUAUCACCCGGCGGCCCCACCAGCGCCCAGACAGACACACCGACAGACACACGACCCUGGAGCUCUCCGCUCACCUACCUGCAGUCCCGUCCUGCAGCCCAGUACGGCUCCGGCCCCUACGCCAGCUGCGCGUGGUCCCGAUUCAGCCCCGCCGAAAGAGGAAGGAGGAGAAGCCGGCGCGUCCUGCAGCAGUCCCUCCGUUAGAGCAUCUCUGAUUGGUGUGCCUUCCACACACAGCACGACUUCCCCUCCUGCUGCCUCCUUCUCUCUCUUGGGAAAAGUAAUUGGAGAGCGAGAGCUUCACCUUCAGCAGCAGCAGCCUCCCGCGCCCAGCCUGCGCGCACCGCACCGCGGAAGGGCGCGGAGACGCCUCGGGCGCCAGGACAGACAGAGGCAGUUCCAAGCGCGCCCUCCGCUGCGGGGGGGAGGGAGGAGGUGGAGGGAGGUGGGGAGAGGGAGAGACGCCCUUCUCCUCCCCCGUAUUUAUCCGGCCACUCUCGGCUCUCCUCCCCAGCCCUUACGAGGGAGCAGGUCCCAGCGGCCGCCGCUCUGUCUGACCGAGCAGCGGGGCUCAGCCGGCAGCGCCCGCCGCCCCCGCACACCGGGGCUUGGGCCGCCUCCCUCCGCCGCCCGCUCCGCAGCGCAGCUCUCCCUUCUCUCCUCUCCGCUCCGCUCCGAGCGGCGGGGCGGGGGUGCGAAGUUUACGCCCAGGCGCGUGUGGCCGGGAAGAUCCCCGCGGACCCCCGGCGGCCCCGCCGCGCUCCCCCGGGACCCCUCUGCCCCUGCGAUGGGAGGCUGGGGCACCGGGCGGGGAGGGAGCGGCCGGGCCAGACAGAGCAGGGCAGCUGCCCCUGAGAAGCGGGGCCGCGGCUGCCGGAGCAGGGGCAGGAGGGACGCGGCGGCGCCGGCGGCAGCCAAAAACUGGACUGUGUCUCCCUCCAGAGGGAGAAGGGAGACACGCACGGCAGCUCCGGCGGCGGGAGAGCCGAGGACUCGGCCGGGCCCCUCUUCCCUGGGCGGUGGGGUGGCGAGUUUGGUCCGUCUACCUGCGCUCGAGAGGUGGUGCAGAGAAGUGGAAGGGAGAGAGCUAAAAAAGUAUGGUCAACACUCCCAGGAAGAACUGAAACGAUCUGUUGCACCUAUAGAGUGCAGCUGGUUUUACAGAUGCUUACUUGGUGUCUUCCACAUGCUAAAAGGCAAGCAUAAAACACAAAAAUGGGCAUUGGCAUUUGCAACAGGCGUAGUAUUUGGAACAACCUCAGCAUUUCCAUUUCAAGGUGAAUAGCACAGCAUAAAAAUCAGGAAAGUAAAAACUUGUUUCUGACUAAGUUGUGUGUGGAUCUGGUGUGUAUAUCUUUUAAAUGCUAACUUUACUCAGAAGCAUGCAUGUUCUGAGCUGCUUAAUAGAAAAAAUGGGAAAUUUAUAUUUUGAUAGCCACAUGUAGAUUGAUCUCUUAAGAAUUGACACCAAUGUCAGUACUGUUAAUUAUAUAGUUUUGCUCCUUUAUCUUUCUGAAGAGACUCCUCCCCUCCCACCACUCACCAUGCUACUAAUCUAAACUAGCUAAAAGUGCCAGUUUUGGCACUGCUUUUCAUUUUAGCAGUUAGGUUCUUGGUUUCUCAUUUUAUACACAAAGAUUAGUAUUUUGGUUGGGUUUUCCAACUAUAUUAAUAUCGAGCUUCACAUACUAAAUAAGCAGCAGCUCAGACCACAGCAUUCACCAGGAAUACCUCAGUGUAAGGAGAUACAGCAGCAUCCUACAGCAUUCCUUUAUUGCCAUCCCAUAAAGCUGGGGAAGAGGAAGCAAGGAUCUCCAAUAUCAGCUGCUGUAAACUAUUUGUGGUUAUCGUCCUGACACUGUGUGAGCUGAGGCAGUCCAACAGUGCCUACAAGUCCCCUUUACAAUGUGUGUACAGAUACACAAACACACAAUCAUAUUUUUAUCACAGGUGAGAAUCCAGUCCACCAAAUUUAAGUUCUUUAUAAGCUCUGCAACAUUCCAGAUGUUCACAUACAAAAAUAAAAUAAUUGACUCCUGAAAAUCCGUUGGAAAUGAAAAGAUGAUGGAGCAAAGUUAUUCUAGGGUUCCUUAAUAAGUCUCCCACAGGCAUUUACUAAAAUCAUGCUGGGUAUUGCAUUUUGAAGAAAAAGAGGUUUUUAACUAGCAUGCUGGAAUGAUCAUUGAAAGCUUCCACAUAGAAUGG